AUGAGGCUAGAAGCUGUGCUAUUGUUUCUACCCCCUGAUAUUACUGUAUCUAAAACUACUUUUCAGAUGGCUGCAUUAAGAACCACAGAAAUAUCGGGCGAGACCUUCUCGGCGCACCACUCGGCGCGCGCCGCCUGCCUGCUGUGCUCGCGCUGCGGCGCCGGCCUGUUCGUGGCCAAGGAGUGCACGCUGACGCACGACACGGUGUGCGCCGCGUGCCACCCGCCGCCGCCGCUGCACCGCCGCAACGAGGACUACGCGCUGCGCUGCAGCAGGAACGUCCCCCGCGAGGACGACGACGAGUACGUGCUCGGCGACGCCCCGGCCGACGACCGCCAGGACGGUCCCGGACACCACGUCCACGGGGGCCUCGCCAGCUACGGCCUCAGCCAGUCCUCGCUGCCGCCGCGGUCCAAGUCCGACAUGGCGCGGAGCAUCCUGGCGGACCCCGGCGCCGUGGAGAAGACCAGCCUGGCGACGGGGGCCUCCACGGCCUCCACGACGCGCGGCCGGCUGCCGCACGUGCUGCUCGCCGACGACGACGACGUCCCGGAGGAGUACUCGCUGCUGCAGCGCCAGCACGCCCAGGCCGGGCCGGCCUACUCCGUCCUCACGGACGACGGCCCCGUCCUGGUCGCGCCGAACCGCCACGCCGCCAAGGCCAAGGCCGCCACCGCGGCGACUCCAAGACCGCCCCCGCCGCGGUACGUCGCGUCCCCCCUGCGCAUCAGCUCGCCGGCCUUGCCCGCCUCCUGGGGGCGGCCGUCGGCGCCCUCGCUCAACACGCGCCAGACGCGACUAGGAAUGCCCCCCCGGCCGGCGAGUUCGAGCGACCUGGCGCUGCCCCUGAGACACCACACCGACGACGGCGACAUGAACGCGGAGGAGGUGGGGCGGCUCAUGCUGUGAGGGGGCUAUGCCGUGCACCCAAUUCUUUUUGUUUUGAAGCAAAUAGCUGUGAUACUAGGUGUAAGACUGAACCUGCCUCAUUAGAAUCUAAGUUUUGUGUUCCUAAACGAGUACCUUAGUAUUGUGUAAACUGGUGUUAUUUUUAUUUAAAAUAUUUGUCACGUGCAUUGGAA